AAAAAAACCACGGCCAAAUCUCCCGAUAUAUUUCGUGUAUUAGAAAUUCCACAAAAAAAUCGUGGUAUACCAACAUAUAGGUCGGCCAAUAAAUAUGUGCCGUAUACCAAAUAUAGAGGUAGAACAUAUAUCUAUGUAGAAAAUGAUAGUGGUGAUGACACAUAUAUUGGUGACAUAUCUUCCACUGAUGUGACUUCAUCCGAUAGCGAGGUUGACGAGAUAGAUAUCAAUGAGAUAUAUGGAUAUGGUGGUGGUAAACACAAAACACUCAUCGACAUAAUAUUGAGACCAAGCACAUCACCACAUGGUACAACAUAUAGUGGUACUACAUAUAGUGGUACCAAUAUACAUAGUAACACUAUAUAUAGUGUUACCCACUCUACUAGUGGUAACCACUCUGCUAGUGGUAAUAUGGAUAUAGUGGAUACCACAACACAUAGUGACACUAUAUAUAGUGACAUACCAAGUGAUAUAGUGGAUACCACCCCACCUAGUGGCACGACACACAAUAGUGGUAACACAAAUAGUGAUACCACACCUAGUGGUACGACACAAAAUAGUGGUAACACACCAAAUAGUGGUAUUAUACCACGUAUACCAAGUGACAUACCCAUCAACAAACUUACAGAUAAUGAAUGGAACAAAAUAAAAGAGGAUUUUAUAUCUAAUAUGUUACAAACAGAACAAAACGAUGUAGUUGAAAUAGUGGAAAUACUUUUAUUGACCCACAACCUAAUAUUUUAG